AGAACUCUAAGAACAGUCAACACUCACAGUAAUUAAUUCAGUUAGAUGGUAUAAAUAAAUCAUCAAGAGUAUGAUUCUGACAUGCUUACAGUUGGUACAAUACUCAGCAAUAAGAAUUCCAACAUGCCUUGUAUUCUCACUGAUGGGAUGGGCAUGUGUUUUAUCAGGACCAAAGCAGAUACAGUCACUAUCGUGGUUAUGGCAUCAUCAUUUGUGUAUGCAAAACAAGAAUACUGUCAUGACUAUGCUUUGAUAAUCAUUGUCAUUGGGAUUUGUUAUAGCCUCGUCGUCAGUUCUCACUAAAUCAUUUCUGUAAAUCUUUCUGUCUGUGAAGAUUGAUCAGAGGGCACUCUUAGACACAAAAAAAACAAGCAGAUGGAAUUAGUCAGUGUUACUUGAAGCCUUGAAUAACCUCACCGUGAAGAUAUAGAAGCUUUUAAUCAUUUUUAAAAUGGGUUUCAGUACUGAAAUGGCUGCCUCUCCCUAUGACCCCGAGCACAACCCAAACUGAUUACAUAAGGAAAUCAUAAAAACUGCUGAUGCUAUCGCAAUGUUUGUCACAUUAUGAUAGGGCAAUAAUUUAGACAACCGAAAGCACAAAGGUUGGUGAGAUGCUGUAAAAGACAAAAAGUAAAUUGAGCUUACCUGGGAGGUCUGCUGUCUUUCCCCGCUGCUCCAUCUGGAAUGCACAGGUCUACGAGGCUCCCCUGAGUGAACUCUCAAAGGCAAGCCAGUUGCACGGGGAACAUUCCACUGGUUGAGGGAAGAAUGGAUUCGAUUAAACCCCAGGAAGAUUCCCCCAUGGCCAAGGGCAAAAUGAAGGGCAAAGAGAAAAAGAUCAGAAUCAAAGAACCUGAGAGCACUUCCCUCCGCAGCACCUACACAGGAGAAGUACGCUGGACACUUCCAGAUGAGAAGCUUCAGAUGCACAGCUCAUUGCCCAUCAGAACUACCCCUUACAAACAGAAGGGCCUGAGAGAUCUGCGUGGCCUACAGGAAUGUGUCAAAUUUAUCCACACCUGGAAGGAACUAGUAGAGAGUUUUUGCAAGAACACCAGCGAGCCCAUCAGCAGCUACGACAGAGACCUAGCCAGUAAUCAGAGUCUCGCGCAGAGCCGUAAACUCAUCCUACAGUCGGCCGAGGAGUUUAAGAGAGUGGACUCGCUGUUCAGUGAGAGUACUGAGGAGAAACACAAGAAAGACCAGAACACCACUGAAGAGAGGAUCGUGGAAUGGGCCAAGGAGCUUCAAAGUGUGACUGAGAGCUGUGGCCUGAUGAGAGAGGAGCUUCUCCAGACUCUGAGGAACCUGGAACUGCGGAAGAAGAAACUGAAGACCCUGCUGCCCUUCCUGGAAUUCCUCACCUGGUCGCUGCUGAAAGAGGACAGCAAGGUGUCUCAGAUGUGGCUUGCCACCAAACAGCUCACCUGGAAGACAGACACGCCUAAGUACAUCCCAAAUUCAGUGUGGGACUGGAUCUGUAGUGCAUCAGUCAACGUAACACUGGACACCAUGACCAACCACCCAUGGCUGAUCGUGUCCGACGACCGCAAGAAGGUGCAGGAGGCGCAUACGGAGACAGAAGUGUCUUUCAGCGUGCAGCGCUUCAACGGUUGGCCCUGCGUCCUGGGCUGGGAGGGUAUGACCAUAGGCCGCCACUAUUGGGAAGUAAAGCUGGCCAACAACGGCUACUGGAGGCUAGGUCUGACCACGGCCUCCUCCAAGCGCCACGGCCGCUUCAGCAUGUACCCCGAAGAUGGCUACUGGGCGCUGUGGCGCAGCACACGGCAGUUCUACGCCUGCACCCAGCCGGAAACGCUGCUGCCCCUGGAGAUGGUGCCCACCAGAAUAGGCAUUUACUUGGACUACGACGAAGGUCAGAUCUCCUUCUACAACGUGGAGACACGGUCACACAUCUUCACCUUCAAGGGGGCUUUCCGUGAGAAGCUUUACCCUCUCUUUGCGCCUCUGGAUGGGCGUACGCUCAUGACUAUUUCAUACCCUGAGAUAUGAAGCUUUCAAAAGCCACGGGAAAAAUAAUCCAACAUUUCUGACGUCCUUAAAAAAAUUCGUUAUUUCAGAAUUUCAUUUCUGCCACAUUUCUGAUCCUCUGUCUGUACCAUAUUUACCACAUUAAAAAAGUAGAAAAAAAACUUUCAAUUUUCCACAUUAUCUUUUGAAACUAUGCCCAAUAACUUCCUAAGCAUUUAAAAGCGAGUCUGUAUAUGUCAAAACUCAUGCCUCUACCCUUGCAAGGGCAUAACAGAAAACAACAAGCGAAAAAUACAACACUUCCUAAUAGACCUAGCCUGACGAUGUCAUACUCAUAAUUCUAGUCAGAAUAUGAGUCUGAUACCGCUCCAAUGGGCUG